AUGGAAACCCAAUGUCAGAGAGUGAAGCUUAGUGAUGGCCACUUCAUUCCUAUCCUGGGAUUUGGAACCUCUGCACCUGAGGAGGUGCCCAAAAGAGAAGAUCUGGAGUUCACCAAAUUCACUUUAGAUGUUGGGUUCCGCCACACUGACUGCACUCAUGCGUACAAAAAUGAAGAGAAUGUUGGCCAGGUCAUUCGAAGCAAGAUUGCUGAUGGCACUGUGAAGAGAGAAGACAUAUUCUACACUUCAAAGGUGGAAUGUCACCCUUAUCUCAACCAGAGCAAACUGCUGGAGUUCUGCAAGUCACACGAUAUUGUCCUAGUUGCCUAUGGUACUCUGGGAUCCCAACGGCUUCAAUGGGUGAACCCGAACUACCCUAAUCUUUUGGAGGACCCGGUUCUUUGUGCCAUUGCCAAAAAGCACAAGCAAACCCCAGCUCUGGUUGCCCUUCGCUACCGGGUACAACGUGGGGUUGUGGUUCUGGCCAAGAGUUUCAAUAAGAAGUGGAUCAAAGAGAACAUACAGGUGAUGAUGAUGUUUGACUUUGAACUGACUCCAGAAGACAUGGAAGCAAUUGAUGGCAUCAAUAGAAAUAUGAGAUAUUAUGAAUUUCUACCUGUUAUCGAUCACCCUGAGUACCCAUAUUCUGAAGAAUAUUAG